GAGAACAGCUUUAGUGAGGAUUUGCUCUGUAUUAACCCUGACAGGGAACACAGAGUCAGCUGGAGCACAAGGAAGCCAGAGUAGAUAGACCUGUAGGAAAAUAGAGGGAAAAAAGCAACAGUGCAGGGAGGUAUGAAAUACACUGUCGUCAAAAGGAUGUGUAAGUUGAAAUAGGGGGUCCUCCAAGCAGCAGCUAAUGACUCGAAAAUACGGCACUAAAAGAAAAAAGACGACAGCUUUUAAAAAGUGCUGUGCAUUUUGAAACAUGUCGAUCUAAGAUAGGUACGACUGGUCCAGAGAUGGCAGCACGGAGCACAAUGGGGCACCCCAAUGUGCCCCUCUCACACAAACACAUGCAUUCCCAGAGGGACAAAAACAGAUCCAGUCGACUGCAACCUUACACACCAAAUGACAACUUAAACAAUGCCUUAGGCGCUAUCAGAGUCCUUGGUGUGGAGCUCAUUGAAGAUGAGCUUAAACCCCAUUUGAACACAGUGAUGGCCAGCAUUAAGGAGAAGAAGAAAGGUGCUGCUGAGCAGGUGGUGAUCAGUGGGAUCUUGCCAAUCCUUGCUCUGAGCCUGAGAAGCAGAGGGCCUCUGAGUGUGCUGACUGCAAAACUAGUGGCUGAACUUGCCAGGGAAUCUGUGAUUCGUAAAGGUUUUGGUGACACGGGCUUGGUUGCGGCUUUGUUGUCGGUCCUGACCAGUUCAGACCAAGAAUUGCUUUUCCACGCAGCGAGGGCCGUCUCACGCAUGUCUUAUGAUAGCGCUAAGCUGCAGCAACUAUUACUACGCCAAGGUGCGGUGCCUCGUCUUGUUGCCAUCCUGCUCCAGUUUCCUGAUAAGGAGGCCCUGGGGGAUGUGUGCCUUCAGGCCCUCUGUAACAUCAGUGGAAUGGGAUUAGCAGAGGAGGCCGGAAGGGUGUGGGAGAGAGGAGCGUCUGUGAGGCCGGGGGAGUCUGUGUUUCACGGCGUUUCUCCUCACACCUGUGGUUUUGACUCUUCUGUGACUCUGGUGCGUGUGUCUCAGUGGGGGCCGGGUCAGUACGCAGUCAGCAUCGAGGUUUUCCAGCGCUGCUCGUCCUCUUUCUGGAACCUUCAUGGGAACAAACGGACUGCUCACUGGUCCCCCUUUUCCAGCUUUGGAAGCUGCUCAAAUUUGUACAAGCUGCUCAAGUUCUCUACAAGGAAUAUUCCACGGACAAAAAGUCUGAAAACCCGUGUGUUCCACACUUUCCUCUGAAAUCUGGAAAUACACAAAUGUCUCUGGGCUCUUCCCGUUUACUUUAAUCAGAAUUUUUUGAUUUCUUCUUCUUGUUUGCAUCUACUUUGUAAGGUUCAAUCAAGGAACUAUUUAUUUAUGUGUAUUUUCAGAAAUGCUAACUUUUGCAACUACAUGCGUCACGACACGGAUUAGGCAAUUCUGCUGUUUUAGUGUCACACUGUGCUGUUUAAAUUUGGGCAAUAAGUGAAUCAAGGAUUAGAAUAAAUAAAUCACGUUACAUCUAAAA